AUGAUUCUACUUCGUUCAAUUCUUUGUCCAACAUGGCGACGUAUCGGAUAUACUUUAGUAAAACCGAUUGUUCGAACGGAAACAUCAAAAUCUGUUUUCUCAAAUAUUCAAAAAUCUCUUUCAAAAAAUUUACUUAUUUUUGAAUAUAAAGAUCGAAUAUUACCAGUAUUAGGUGUAGUUGGUUUCAUGCAAUUUAUUAUCUUUGAUGUUGUUGCUUAUUGGAGUUUUCAUUUAUUUGGAACUGUUACAGCUAAACAAGAAAAUUUAACAUCAAGUUCAACAUUCAUCGAUCGAGCGGCAACUAUUGUGCCUACAAAUAGAUUUCGAUAUACAACAAAUAUUGUUAUUGUCUUAGUUAGUGGAGCUAUAUUUGGUGCUUGCGUAGUCUAUCCAGCUCGAUGUAUACGUCGUCUUUAUUUACUCAAGGAUGGGUCGUCUAUUGGCAUUGUUACUUAUGCAUUAUGGCCUAGUGCACGAAAAUUUACGGUUCCAUUAGAACAAAUAUCUUCGCAAACAGGUCUCGAAGGUUCAGGCAUUUUUCAUAAAAUCAAUAUUCGAAACCGAUGGCUUUCACAUUUAAUUAAUAAACGUGAAGGAAAAUUUUAUAAUAAAACUAUAUAUGAAACUGUGAUUGCUUUGAAGCGUUUUUAA